GCCACUCUUACAUUUUGACGUCAUGUCCCGGACAAAUGUACCGCCUCUUGUAUGUCCUACUCAACAUUAGUUUACAUUGAUUCCAAUUGCCAUCUGAUAAAUUGAGGUUAUUUUAAUUCACAAGUAUUUUUUUUUUCACAUAAAAUUAUAUUUAAUUACCUUUCUAGUUUAUUUAAUUUAGAAAUGGCGUCUAUUAACAAUUCAUACUUGUGCAAUUUCGAUGAUCAAGCUAAUAUUUCCGAUAAUAACUACAUAAAAAAGCUAUGCAGCAAUCAAUGGAAUAUAGAAAAUAUAGCUUUGUGUAAAGAAAUAAUAUCUACAAAACUUGAUACAGAAUUAAUAACAGAUUUGAUAAAGAGUUAUCAAGACGAUAGAAGAAUUAUAGAAGAGAUUUUACAAAUAGCUGUAACCUCAUUUUUGACGUUUUGUGAUUAUAAUUGGAAUUCACAUCCAGAGAAGUUAGAUAUAGAGGAGUUUUUAAAAACAAAGUGGCCUGCAGACAUCAAUUGUAAUGCCAAACUUCAGCGUGAUUCCGAGCCUUUAUAUGCUAAUAUUUUAUAUCCGGAAUUAUUGUAUUUAUCUACACAAGUUUUUAAUGCACUUUAUUCUGUUGAACAAAGCGUAUUGCACUUGUGGUGGUCGUUCCGAAGUAAAGUGACACAUCAAAGGGCCUUGGAAGAUACAACAGCCAGCUUAUACUCAGAAUUAGAACUAAUGAUGGCUAAAUUAUCAAAUGAACUGACCAGCCUGCAAGAGAAGCCUAGGUUACGUAUUCUCCUCUCUCUUGAAAUAGCACAAGCAUACUUAAUGUAUGGCAGGAUCCAGAAGUGUGAAGAAUAUCUAAUAAAAGCAAGGGAUAUGGCUGGACUUAAGUUGGAACUUACAGGUAUACUUGGUAAAAGGACGAAAUUCCAACAGCAAUUGUUGCCCCAACUGGCACUAUCCAGUGAACUGGAUUCCACUGUUGAAAGACCCUCAGCUGAAGAGAGUCACGGCACUACUGAGAUGCCUCCAGAAGUGGAACUCCAAGAUGAUGUCCGACUUAACAAGAUAGAAUAUACAGAGACAAUUACCCAAACUGAGUUACCCAGUUUGGAGCAAACUUUGUGCUUGUUGACUGUUCAGUAUCUUCAGAAAGCACAGCCUAAGGAUGAUUUGAUGACAGAAGAGCUGCAACCAUACAUUGAGUUAAUUCUAAUGCAAAAGAAGGGUGCAUGGGCUACAAGAGUCGCCGCUUUAUUGAUCAGAUGCAAGCUAGAAGCGAACCAUAAACGCACUGUAGAAAGAGCCAUGUUGCAGUGUGAAACCAUUGUUAAUGAAAAAACUGUAGUACCGCCCACUACUAGAUUGUCAUAUUUAUGGGGGACCGGCUUACCGCCCGCUUGGACUUGGCGGCAGCAACUUGCCGAUCUUUACCUCAGCUUAGGGCUUGUGAAGGCAGCCUUGGAGGAGUACCAGAAACUGCAACUAUGGGAAGAUGUCAUAGUGUGCUACACUUUACUACAGUUGAGACAUAAAGCGGCUGAAGUAAUUCAACAACAAAUUGAUAUCAAUCCUACUGUGAAAUUGUACUGUCUUCUUGGAGAUGCAACAGAUGAUGAAAAAUGUUAUGAAAAAGCAUGGGAAUUCUCAAACUACAAAAGCAGUAGAGCCCAAAGACAUUGGGGUAACUUUUUGUUUGAUCACAAAAAGUAUGAAGAAUGCAUUCCGCAUUACGAAAAAUCUGUUGAGAUUAACUUCAUACAGGAGAGUGUAUGGUUGAGAUUAGGUUAUGCGGCAUUAAUGUUAGAAAAAUGGGACACGUCAGCUAAAGCAUACCGGCAAUACACCUAUUUGAACCCAAAUACGUUUGAAGCAUGGAAUAAUUUGGCCAAAGUGUAUGUCAAUCAAGGAGACAAGAAAAGGGCUUACAGAGCUCUGAUGGAAGCUUUGAGAUUCAAUUAUGAUAAUUGGAAGCUGUGGGAAAAUGUCGUAAUGGUGAGUAUGGAUACGGGACAUUUCGAUGAUGUGAUCCGCGGAUGCCACCGUCUUCUUGACAUACAGCAUAAGUUUGACGAUAUUGAAGUACUAACAUUACUUGUGCACGCUAUAAUCAAAGACAAUGUAGACGCGGACGGAAAUAGUGCUGCCAGGUUAAAUAAAAGAGUUUUAGAAUUGCUCGGGAGAAUAACGUCAAUUCAUCAAAAUAAACCAGAAAUAUGGCAAUUGUACUCAGAUUUAAGUCCUACCUAUUUGUUAAAAGCGCAACGGCUACUGAAAGCUUACAGGGGAUUUACACAGAAUGGUGAGUGGCCCAAAAAUCCCGAGACAUGUAAAAAAGUUAUUGAUUUGGCUAUUGCACUCUUAGAAUACAGUUUGAAAGCUAGUGAAGAGGCAGAGGACAACGAAAAAGCGCAAGCAACACAACAGAUAUCUUCAGCUCGUUUAACUAGCCAGGCUGUUAUAAGAGCUGCUGAAAAGCAGGACUGGCCAGUAACACAAGCAUCUCUGGAAGAAUUAAGAGAAUUAUUUUCAAAAAUUACUGAAUAUAUGAAAUCAAAUAAAUAAAAUAUUUCGCA